AUGAGUGGGAAUGAGAGGGAAGAAGAGAUUGUGUUUGAGAUUUGUGUGGUGGUUCCAAAGAAAAGUGAAGAGCAAGGGGACGACAGCAGUCUUGAUUGUGUCGAGGUUCUUGUUGAUGAGUUCGUGAAAAGAGGACUAAUUGUUGAAAGAGUUAUUGGCCUUCAAAAUGAAUUUGUCAAGUUGUCAGCACCAUUGGAGAUUAUGGGGAAGGCUGCGGCUGAGUUGCAAUUCAAUAAACGGACCCAUAUAGGAAUGGACUUGCCAUUUGAAUGGGAUGAGGUAGAAGCCUUUGUUAGGCAACCUGAUGGAUCCUUGUUCACUUGGUGUGAGCGUUUCCGUUGCUACAAUCACAUAAUUUACGGGAUUGUGAACACAGGCAAGUCAGUUAUAGAAUUGAAAUAUGAUCAUAGAGAGGUCGACUGGGUUCCGAGGGAACCUCUACUUCGGAAAUUGGAAUCAGAGAGUAUAGUCAAAGAAGUAUUUCCAUUGCAUGAUGAAAACAAGCGGAAGAAGCUCCUAAGAAGUUGGGCACUGAACUGGUGGGACUUUACAACACAGCCAAUUGAUGAGAUAUAUUUAUACUAUGGAGUGAAGAUUGCCAUCUACUUUGCUUUCCUCGGAAAGUACACAAGGUGGUUGUUGUUUCCAGCUGCAUUAGGACUUACAUUGCAGUUGGUUGAUUUUGGGUCAAUACAACUUUUGGUUCUCCCUAUUUUCUUCAUAUGCCUGAUUUCAUGGGCUGUGUUGUUUUUCCAAUUCUGGAAACGCAAAAAUUCAGCUCUUUUAGCUAGGUGGCAUAUAAAUCAUUCGGCGGGUACAGAAUCUGAUUAUAAAUUGUUCCAAAUGGAACAGAGCUCAUUAGAAUCCCCUGCAGAACUCAUGAAGAAAAGAGGGAUGGAUAAUAUGAAAGAGAAAGCAUUCUUCCAAAGAGAAGAAUGGUUCAGAUGGUUGAUGAGAUUCAGAAAUGAUGCCAUUAUUAUAUUGAGUAUCAUAUGUCUCCAGCUUCCUUUUGAAUUGGCUUAUGCUCAUCUAUAUGAAGUUAUUGGGUCCGACUUCCUGAAGUUUUGUCUGACAGCAGUUUACCUCCUUGCAAUUCAGUACUUCACCAGAAUGGGGGGAAAGAUAUCAGUGAAGCUUGUUAAAUGUGAAAAUAAUGAAAAUGUAGAGUACAGAGCUUGCAGUUUGGUCUACAAGGUGUUUGGUCUUUACUUUAUGCAGACAUAUAUUGGAAUAUUCUACCAUGCUCUACUGCAUCGCAACUUGAUGACCCUUCGCCAAGUAUUAAUCCAACGUCUAAUUAUAUAUGAGGUGCUGGAAAAUCUGAUGGAGAAUUCUAUACCAUAUUUGACAUAUAGCUUCAAGAAAUUUAGAGCUGUCCGGAACAAGCAAAAGCGUGAACGAGGGUCAUCUACAGGGAAGGCGAGGUCCUUUCCUAGGGUAGAGAAGGAAUAUCUGAAACCUGCUUAUACCGCUAGUAUUGGCCAUGAACUUGAAGAUGGACUCUUUGAUGGUAAUAAUAACCUGACUGAGAUGAGAACAGAUGCGCUAAAACUACUAGCCAUGAUGAGACGGCCUACGCCCCGUGCUGAUGCGACCAUUGGAGCUUGGCUAAAUAUAUUUCAGUUCCUGAUAGUGAUGUCAAUUUGCACGAAUUCCAUCCUCCUAGUGUGCUUGUAUGAUCAGGACGGAAAAUGGAAAAUAUCACCUGGUCUUGGAGCCAUUCUCAUAAUGGAACACGUGCUUUUGUUCAUUAAAUUUGGAUUCUCUCGAAUUGUCCCCGAGGAGCCUGCUUGGGUAAGAGCUGCACGAGUGAAAAAUGCGACUCAGGCAGCGGAGAUGUGUUCUAAGCAACUCUUGAGGAGUAUAUCAGGCGAUGAAAAGAUUCUCAGCCCAAUGAAAAAGCACGCAUAA